GCUCUCUCUCUCUCUCUGUUGUUCAUUCACUCAUACACACACUCCAUCCACACACAGCAUGUAGACACUUUCGAAUUCAUUCACCUCCCUCGCUCACACACUCAGUUUCUUUUUACAACCUCCUUUCCUGCCUAGAUAGUCUGGAGAAGCAGCUACACCACCUCAACUUUAAAACCGCCGUCACAGAAAACAGGAGAGAGAAGAGACAGCAAGAACAGAAUAAAACAAAAAAAAGAGGUUUGAAAUUCACUGAAGUGCUCAGAAGGAUGGAAUAGAGAAGCAUGAAAGUCCAAAAACAUCAGGGCGAAACACACUUUAUGAGAGGAACUGACUGAAGGAGACAAAGCUCAGAAAUUUACUUCACGAAACAGCGAAAAGCAGCCAGAUCUCCAGCUGUACGUGUGACCUGACUGGACUGACGCCAUGUUUUGGACGCUCCUCCUGGCUUUGAUCCUGCUGCUGUUGCUCCAGGCACAGCUGCUUGUUUGUCUACAUGAACUCCGAGCCUCUCUGACCUCAGUGACUUCAGCGACCCCUUCUGGAACUUCCAAUGCCUCGGCUUUGCAACGCCUGCCAGGAGCCAUAAUCAUCGGGGUGCGCAAAGGAGGCACCAGGGCCCUGCUGGAGAUGCUCAACCUCCAUCCAGAUGUGGACGUAGCCAAGAACGAGAUCCACUACUUCAACCUGGAUGAAAAUUUUCGGAAGGGUCUGGACUGGUAUCGCGCCCAGAUGCCCGUCACUCUCCCUGGGCAGCUGACAGUGGAAAAGACCCCUGGCUACUUCACAGCACCACUGGCCCCAAAGAGGAUACGGGCCACGAAUCCAGCUGUGAAACUGCUGCUGAUCGUUCGUGACCCUGCAGAGAGACUUGUAUCAGACUACACACAAGUCCUCCAUAACCGAAUUCAGCAAAACAAGCCAUACCAACCACUCGAAGAGCUGCUGCUGUCUCAAGGACACAUCAAUCCCAAAUACAAGGCCCUUCUGAGGAGCUUUUACUACCAGCACCUUGCCAGAUGGUUGGAGCUUUUUCCCAGAGAGCAGAUGCACAUUGUGGAUGGAGAGGCACUUAUUAGGAAUCCGUUCCCUGAGCUGCAGAAGGCGGAGACGUUUUUGGAAAUUCCACCUCAGAUAAAGCCAGACAAUUUCUACUUUAACGUCACUAAGGGCUUUUAUUGUAUGCUGUCUGCGGGACACGACAAGUGCCUGGAUGAGUCUAAAGGAAGACCCCAUGCUCCGCUUAGCAACGAGGCUUUCCAGAAGCUUUGCCGCUACCUGCGGGUUCCCAAUCAAAUCUUUUUCAGAAUGGUGGGACAGAGGUUUGACUGGUGCUAA